ACAUUCACCUCGAUCGAUUUCCCUCCGGUGAAGCUAAGUCAAUGUAUGAGUUGACCGGGAAUCUGAUGGUCCCCGUGAAGUCAACCUCGUAUCCCGACUUCAUAUGCAGAACAAAUCAUAUCACUGCAUUUUUCAAAUCUCGGACUACAGGCUGUACGAUAUUUGCUACCCAGGUAGAAUUACUCGGUCGAAAUGUCUCGCUGGUGGCUCGCGUGUACCAGCUUCCCGGUUCUGGCGGGAACUAUUAGCGCUAUGGCAACUAUGUUCGGUAUUUGUGCAGUUGGCUAUGGAUGGCUGGAAGUUGGUUCUUCGGGGGUGGGAAGUGUGGUAGUAGUGCAGAGUGCUUGGGCCGUGGCUAUCAAGGCUAUAUCGCUCGCACUCGCCGCCACAGCUGACCUUACGCUCCUUCUUAUCAUGAUGCUCAAAUGGAAUGCAGUGAGAGGGUAUCUUGGCACAGCUUUACUAUACUUCGUAUCUUCAAUGCUCCUCUUUAGUCUUGUCGGCGUGACCGUGCACCAACCACCCCCCAUCGCUCCCCAAACAUGGCACUACACGCAGAACUUCUACUACGGCAUCUUCGCCGCCAGUCUCUACCUCUUCAUCGCAGCGCUCCUAGCAAUAUACGCAUGCAGCAUCCGCACCAUCCACCUAAGCAUGCAAGACCGCCGCAUAAUCGAAAACACAAGCAUCGUGCUCCGCGCCUUCACCCUCGCCGCAUUCCUCCUCGGUGGCGCAUCCAUCUACAUCCCCAUUGAAGGAUGGUCCCUGACAGAUGCACUAUACUGGUCCGCAUACACCAUGCUCACAAUCGGAAUCGGCAACAUCGUCCCGAAGACCCAUCUCGGCCGAAGUCUCCUCAUUCCCUACGCGACGGGGGGCAUCACCUGUCUAGGAUUAUUCGUCAGUUCAAUCGCCUCCUUCUCAAGGAAGAUGAGCGAUCUGCUCCUGAAGUUUGAGCUCGAACAAGAAGGUAUUCAUCUCCACAAAUCACCACAUCGCGAUAUCAUCAAGAUUAGAGAAAUUAAAUCCCACUGGCAGCGCCGCCACCGCUGGAUCGUAUUCAUCUUCUCCUCGUGCGCAUGGCUCCUCCUUUGGCUCGUCAGCGCCCGCGUCUUCAAGUCCUCCGAGCGAGACCAGGGAUGGACGUAUUUUGAGUCGCUGUAUUUCACGUUCGUGUCGCUGACGACGAUCGGAUACGGGGAUAUUUAUCCAACGAGUAAUCUGGGAAAGUCUUUCUUUGUGUUUUGGGCGCUGCUGGCUGUGCCGGUUAUGACGACGUUGUUUGGGGUUGUUGGUCAGGUGGGGUUUCAUACGGUGGUUUAUUUUGUAGGGAGGGUUGGGAAGGGGGUUUCGUGGGGGUAUUGUGUAGGACGUGUAGGUGCGUUUCUGGAUGGGAGGGGACUGGAUUUGCCUGCUUCUGCUGGGGGAGGGACAGAUGUGAGGGUGUUAGGUGGUGAUGUGGAUAUCGACAAAGAGAGACAGUACUGCCCACUGAGUCUGCCACUUGAGAGGCAGCGCCCAGAUAAUCACGUCGGUGCUGCAGAACACAGACUCCACCUCAGCGAUGAAAUCAAGACUCUUGUGGACAUCCUUAAGGAUGACAGCAGAGACAUCGAUCUACAUUGUGAAUGGGCACGUAUUGUGUCUCUGCUCCGUGUUGAUGCAGACGACGGAGAAGUGCUUGUGGCUGAGAGUCAUCGUCAGCAGAUGAUCAGAGAGGUGAUUUCUGUGAAUCAGUCGACAACUGAAAGAAACAAGGAGGUCCUGUGGAUGGUCAAGUUGCUGGUUGAGAAGUUGUGUUUUUGUUUGAGAGAAGAUACCGGAAGAGGGUAGAUAGA